AUGAUGGACGAGCUAUUGGGACGAACUAACAACCAGAAAUCAGUGAGAGGGGAUUCUAAAUCACUCACACGAUAUGCAACGCAAACAGCAGGUUAUGUCAACGACAUGGAAGAUAACGAUUGCUCCGUCACUUCAUCGUCUGAAGCCCCAUUCUUUAUGUCUCAACUUCUAUCAAAACUUGAUCCAAGAGACAAUGCAGAAUUUGGUAGGGUGAUGAAAAGAAAUAAAAAGCAAGAAAAUGUUUCAAAACUUGCUCAGUGGCUACAUGAUGAAGCAAGUCUUAGAUCAAGAGGAAAGUUUGAUCCCGAAAGCAGCAAUGAGGAACAAAGCCACCAACGGGGAAUUUACAACAGAAGAACUGACAACAAUUCAGGGGACAUUGAUGUGUCUAAGGAUGGCCCAUGUCCAUUUGGUUGCGAAGCGAAACACUGGCUAGCUGCAUGUCCUCACUAUCAAUCCUCAACCGUUGAUCAAAGAUGGGAGAUUGUCAAGCAAAAUCAGAGAUGCAGGAAAUGCCUUCGACCUCAUCAUACUAGAGAUUGUAAAAAAAAUGAUAGCACCACCUGCGACAAAUGCAAGAAGAACCAUCAUCGAUCCCUCCACAAUGACAGGAAAGGUCCGAAGAUUCCAAACCUAGAUCCCAAUGCGGCCCCAUUCCAGGAUCCAAACCAUAACGCCGUCAAUAACAAUGCUGACACAAAUACCGUUGAACAGCAGUGUGACAUCAAAACAGUAGUGGGACUGCUUCCAAUUCAAAAGGUCAAAGUCGAGAAUUCAGAAGGCGAGUUCAUCGAAAUACUUGCCAAGUUAGACUCUGGUUCCAAUACUAGCAUCCUCUCCAAAAUAGCAGCAAAGAAAUUAGGAUUAAGUGGACCACAAACGCACUUAACCAUGAAUAAUGACGAUGACCAUGAUAAUGACGUGAUAAUGACGUGA